CCGGUAUGACGUCACGUCACAUGCAAACAAAAUGGUGGAAUAUCUUCCGGCAAAAAUGAUAAUUUAUUUAUUUAUUGCCACUUGUUUUUGCCAGGCUGUAUUCAGUCAGAAGUUGAUUGUUACACAUGCUCCACGCUAUGUAGAAUUCCAGGAACAGAAGGAACCACUUCAAACUAGUGAAGUUCCAAAAGUGAUCUCCCAUACUCUAGGCCUUCCUAGUCAGUCAGAUAUAAAAUGGAAAGGUCUUCUACAAGGGUCAUUCUUCCAGCGACCCAAAGCAAAUGUCCUUGUUACAGUGCAGAUGAUGGAGGGACAGCCUGACUUGAGGCUUGCUGGCAAAGCUGAAUUCCCUGUCAAUCUGGACAAUGCUGGGGUUGAUGUAGGUGGGUUGAUGACAUCUCUUCAAGGGAAUUUUAUGGACAAAAACCCUCUGAUGCUGGAUGCAGGUCUAGACAACAGUAUAUUUGAUAUUCAUUCGGAAUUUGAUGUUUUCCGCAAACUGCCAAACACUUUGCGUAGAAUGGCUGACAGACUGCUUGAUGCUGAUUCUAUUGCACAGGAACACACAACGGGUACACUAAACACCAGUCUGACUAGUGAUCUAUCGUUGAUGGGAGAGUUGCAGAUGAUUCAGGAUGUUUUAAAAACUGUUCAGGGAGAAGAGAAGUUGAUGAAAACGCAUACACCAGAUUUUUACAGCUUCUCAAUCACAGGAUUACAGGGGGUUGCUGAAAAACAUGGAAAACAGUCAACACAAUCCAAGGAUGCAUCUGAUCUUGUCACUGAUUUUCUGCAUAAGAUGACAGAACAGUUUAAGAUACUGUACAAAGACAAUGUUGUUGUGGAAAUCCUCAUGGUGAAUCCACCCAGUGAUCAGUUAAUCAGGAAAGUCAGAAGUCUUAAAGCAGCCGAGGAAACUAAAAACGUAACGGGACAUAAUCUUGCAGCUGAUGUAGAUGAAAUGUAUCCAGUAACGUUCAAUAUCUGCCUAUGGUUGAUGAUUCUCCUUGCUAUAGCUGUGUUUGGAGUGUGUUACAGCAUUUGGAACAUGGACCCAGGACGUGAUAGCAUCAUAUACAGAAUGACAACUACUAGAUUGAAGAAAGACUAAUGUAUUAGAUCUGCUGUAGUAAUAUAUUAAAGAUUUUGUAAGAAAUGUCCCAUUAGCUGUGCUAGUUUAGAUGUUGGAAGUAACUGAGAGUAAUGUUAUAUGCUAAAUGCAUGCAGGCUAUGUUAGUUAGACCUGGAGAGAAGUUUCCUGUUAAAUUAGGGUACAUUUACAUUCCACUUUAACACAAUAUUAUAUUUCAUUGUGAUAAAUAUUAUAAAUUUGCACACACAUGUUCCAUUAUCCAGAAUAGUUUCAGUGCAAAAAACGAGGCAAAUGCUACCCCUGUGGAUGUUCAACAGAUUAAAAAUAGCUGGUUCUGCUGAUUGAAAAAUGGCCAUAUAUGUACGGCAAAACUCAGAUGUAUGCAUGUUUUUCACUUAUACUUUUUCCAUAAGAAAAAAACUGUCUACCAAAAUUACAGUUUAAGCAAAGGUAUUUUUGGACUUUUAAGGAUUAAAAUUCUUGUUCUAAUAUUGUUCCUUACUUAUUUUACCCUCUCCUGUAUACUGAAAUAAGGAUAAGCUUAAUUGGCUAUGUGUUGCUACCUCUUUACUAUACUAAAAAUGAUUGUCCACUGUUCUUUUAAAUGUCAGAAAAUAGUGAACAAAUUUUUCCUAGUUGUUUACAUGUGUACUGUAGUUUUUAUUGUCUUGAAUGACAUGAUUAUUGAGUUGUUGAGUGGUCCAUUGUCAUGCAGAAAGGAAAUUUUGACUUUAUUCAUUUUUGUACUUGGUAGGUUUGCAGAGGCUCCCCAGUACUCACGGACUGUUGAAAGAUUCUGUGUUUUUACAAAUGUUUCUGCCAAUGACAGUAAAGUUGUUAAAUUUCUAGAUUAGGAGUGCUUGUAGCGAUUUCUGUAAGAAGAAAAUAUUGUAAAACAGAAGUCAGAUUAUAACAUAAUCAAUUAACCUAUUAAAUAAUCAUUUGGUGGCUAUUGGGAUUAAGAUAGAAUACUUGAUUUAUUCAUGAUUAUUUAUUGAUUCAGUUUAAAGUGUAGUUGAAUUCCAUGUUCUGUAGUUCGGACAUUAUUGAUUUCUGGUUUACUAUUUAGCACUGUAAUAAUCAAAUACCUUGCCUUCAUUACUAUGAAAUUGCAUUUCACAUAUGAAAGAGUUUUGCUGAUUAUGCAAUACAGUUGUAUCAAAUUCAGGAGCCUAAGAAUCAGAUGUAUAGACGAAUUCACGCCCCACCCCAGGACAAAAUCCCUCUGCUCUGUUUGACCAAGGGAGACAAAAUCCCCUCCUUGAUUUUAUUUAAUGAAAUUUUGUCAAAUUUAUUGGCAUAGAUGUAACACUUUUUUCUAGGGUGAUAAUUUAUAUGACUAUUUGGAUAUGUUAGAAAUGAAAGAAGGAGGGUGAGUAGAGAUUUUGUCUGCCUUGGUCAAAUUGAAAAGUAGGGAGGAUGUGGUGAUAAUACAAUGUAUAGGUCUGUAAAUUAGCAACAAUAAGGCCUGUGAAUGCUGUGAAUUGUGCAGUAAGUUGUAUGUAUUUAUGUGUGGUUGUUACAGAGUAAUCAUGUGAUAUAAAAUCUUAUAUAUCAGUAAAAAUGUAGUCAAGAGACGAGGCUGUUUUGGUCUGCUCAGAAAUCCUUCAUUUAGUGUCGUAUGUGUUAUAUUGUACAACAAAUUUGUUCUUACAUACUUCUAUAGAUACAGACUGUAUUAAGUUAAAAUUGCUGUUAAUAGUCUUGUAAACUUAGAGUCAUUACCUAGUAAAAAAGAUUAUUAAAGAAGCUUAACACUGUUUGACCAAUAUUAAAGAAAAAAUGGGCAUACCUUUAUGGUCAUGUUUGAGAAUUUUUUUUCCAUCAUAUCAGUUUAAAUUUAUAUAUGGUGGUAUGCAUAAAAUUGGCAUUUUUUUUUUGUUUUAAUUGGCAAUGAAAUAUAACCUAUUGUUUGAUAGUUUUAUUAAUGUUUGAGCAAGACUUUGUAUGUGAAUAGCAGUAUGAUGUAUCAAUGUCAAUGUCCAUGACACGUGAUAGUAAACCUUUUAUUGUUAAAAUUUAAAUCUCUGUUAUCUUUUCUGUCAGAAAUGAAAUUGGAUGUGUGGAAAAAUCGCAGUGUAUAAAGUAAUUUUGUGUGUGGAUUGGCACAUAUUUCAAGUCUGCUCCCAAUGUACUUCUUCCCAGUAUAACAAUUUAGAAAUAAUACACAAGCCAAUGUUAGUUGUUUCUAUAGUAUAUAUACUAGUCACUACUGUUGGUCAUUUUCUUGCUGCUGCUGUGUUUAAAGUAACCCAUUUAUUUCACUUUAAUUGUUAUGUAUUGAUUUGAUGUCUUUAGUCUCGCAGUAAAACUUUAGCCAGUUCUCUGUGGAAGUUCAUUAUUUGAGUAUCAUCUUAAAACUGCACUGAGAAUUAUUUCCUGCCCUUACAAGAUGUUUACCUUAGUUUAUCUUUGUGUAUUCCACUUUUCCUUCUUGUGGUUUAAGUAUCAAUUUAAUGUGUAUUUGUCUGAAAUAAUUCUGAGACAAAACCUAUUUUUAAGAAGUCUAUAAAACAGAGGUGUUACAACUUCUUUUACAUUAUUUGACUUGUCUCAAAUACAACAUUGACUAAAUGAUACAUCUACAAAUUGUAUAUUGUAUUUAACAAUAUCUAAGUUUAUUUUUUGUUUUUGUUUAUUCUGAACACAGCAGCUCUAAAGACAGUUUCUAAAAAUCUGAUUAUUUUUCUGUUUCUUCUUUACUGUGAUUCAAAUGAUCCUUCCCAUUUUCUGGAGAGUGAUAAGCCAUUUUAAAUGUGAAAUAACUGUAUUCCAGAAAAGCAUUGAUGUCAUUUCAUAGAUGUUUUAUUAUGUAAAACAUUUGUUCUAUUAUGUUAUUUUAUGUCUCAUAGAUUUUAUAUAAUUUGAUGAUUAAUGUAUUUGUAAUGUACACAAGAAAAUAAAAAAAGAUACAAGAAAA